AUGGGCCUGCGCAAACAGCCCCCACCGCGUCUAGAGAACAUUAGCAAGUCAAAUUCUCGAUCGGAUGCACGCUCGCCCAAAUCACCUAACUCUGCAUCCUCUCACCGCCUGACUCGUUUGAACCGAUUUCCUUCUGAGGACUCUAUCUACUCCCCCGACCUCAACACUUCACCUGCGUUUGCCCUGAUGCCACUUGAAGAGGCACAGCGGUCGCCGGUGGGGUCUUCCUCCAGCCAACCACCGAACUCAUGGCCAGACAAUAACGGAAGGCGGGAUGAUGGCCGCUCCGGUCAGUAUCAUCAGUAUGAGGGAGCAUGCAAGGAACAUGCAAAUACCAACGGGCACUGGAUUCAACCUACGUUGAUGGUAGGUCAACAAACAGGAGCGGCCGAGAAUGUCUGUCGGCCAACGACCGAUGCCGGUCAGGCUUCAACUGGAGAGUUACCUGUACAACUACAGUCGAAUAACCCAUUCUUGAAGCCUAGGUCGGCAGAGCAUACUCAAGAUCUUUUGGAUCGCAAUGAAUGGGGACGUAAUUCACAUGCGACUUCAAACAGUGACGCAUUGAGCCAAUCCGAAGGGUAUAUUCCAAUGACUGCACGGCUCUCUCUUUUAGAUGAGCCUCAACAAGAGGCACCAUGGGCCGACGCUCCUCGUUCUCAUUCCCAGCAACGCCCUGUGUUAGACGGCCAUCACUUCGAUGAUAACUCACCCUGGGGGUCUCAACAGUCCAUCAAGGUCUCAGCCCCCCAAGAGAUCUACUUACAAGAAGUGCAGUCCAAUCCAUAUGUCCCGGCUGUUGCUGUGCAGCCGUCUGAACUAUCUGAUGAGGAAUACAAUGCCCAUGCACAAUAUAAACCUUCAUCCAAUGCAGGAAGGCUCGGAUCGGAUGCUGGAAUCAAUACUCCAUCUGUUGCUCUCUCUAGUCGAACCUCUGCCACAUCUCAUGAACUAAUUGAUUUGGGUCUGCUGGGUGCCACUAGCAAUUCGGGGGUUGAGACCGGGUCUCAUGCUGCGUCUUCAGUGUACUCAGAACCAUUGGCGAACGGAGCAAAAUCAUUACCAGAAAAACAAGAUCUCGCAGUUUCCGUGGUGCAGCAGCCACAACAACCCCAAGUAGUCCCCAUAUUGUCUGCUGCAGAAGCUGCACGGCAAAAGGAGCAAAGAUCAGAAACCUAUACCAUUCGACACGUCCGAUGGACCGAUCAAAGUGGUCAACUGCUCGAGUCCCCGAUUUUGGUCCAAAAUCAAAACGGACCCUGUCCACUGCUGGCUCUAAUAAACGCAUUGGUGCUGCGAGCGAACCCCAACGCUCACCCGCCAAUCGUUAGAGCUCUGUCAACCCGCGAGCAAAUUUCUCUGGGUCUGCUAAUCGAGGCGAUGUUUGAAGAGCUAACAACAUGCCUGGGCCCUGAUGAGGAGUUUCCAGACAUCGAAGCACUCACUCAAUUUUUGACAAUGCUGCAUACGGGCAUGAAUGUUAACCCACGUUUGACAAUGGAUUCUACUGAAGGAUUUGGUACUUUCCUGGAAACCGGUGAUCUUCGACUGUACAGCACCUUUGGCAUACCAUUGAUUCAUGGCUGGCUAGCCUCUUGGUCUAGUCCUACUCAUGCCGCAAUGUCCCGCACUGCUCAGUAUUACGAGGAUAUUCAAAUGCUGCCCUUUCGCAGACAAGAGUUUGAGGAACGGGUGGCGCGAGGCGAGGCACUUAAACCCGAGGAAGAAAAUGCCAUGGCAGAUAUCCAAACCAUUCAACGAUUUGUGGAAAUUGAGAAUGCGACACAAUUAAGCCCAUUUGGCUUGACACAGCUUUCGACUAAGCUUACGCCCGGAUCUGUCUCGAUUCUUUUCCGCAACGACCAUUUCUCGACUCUAUAUAAACACCCACAAUCCCACCAACUCUACACUUUGGUUACCGAUGCUGGCUAUGCAGGCCAUGCUGAAGUAGUUUGGGAGUCUCUAGUCGAUGUGACAGGGUUCAACACAGAAUAUUACUCUGGCGACUUUCGCCCCGUGGGCGCUGGUCCUUCAACCCCAUCUGGCCCCAACCAGGUCAGCCCCCGAAUAUCGAACGAGCCAGUCACUCAUCCUCCAAGUGCAAACGAAACAUCGAAUUCCCCCGAGCCGACUCAAGAACAGAGUGAUGCGGACUAUGCAUAUGCGCUCUCACUUCAAUUCCAAGAAGAAGAGCGACGCGAAAAUGCUAGGAAUGAGCAGGCUCGCGAUCGUCACACAUCUGCCUUGAGUAAUUCUUCCACUCGACCAUCUCCUUCACCUCGCAUGAGCAAUGUACCUAACCGAUCUUCGAGCGUUGCCAAUACGAUUAAUCCUCUGCCUAGACCUCAGCCACAACAUGGGCCUGAGCUUGAGGACCCAAACGCCCCUCCUCCUCCCUAUGAGCAGGCUGCCAGCGGGCCGCGCUAUUCGCCCCCUGACAGAAGAUCAUACGGCGGUGCUGCAGGAAAUCAGUACCCUGGCAGCCGGAAUUCGCGGAAUCGAACCUCACAGUAUUCUCACCGGCCGCGCCCGUCUGGGCGCGCAGGGGAUCACAAUGUAUUGGAGACAGAACGGAACAAAGAUUGCAUAGUGAUGUGA